GGCGUCGAUGUGCUUGCUGCAGCACGUCGGCGGCGAGAGCGUCUUCAGCUGCGGCGUCUCGAUGGCGGGCAUCGCUGACUGGUACGUGCAGCAGCGCCACACCGAGGUUCGCUACUACGAUUACGCGCUGAUGGGGGGCUGGGUGUACGAGAAGGAGGUCGCCGCCCGAGCGCGCGAGGCCUCGCCGAUCACGAGGGCGGCCGAGCUGCGCGCUCCGAUCCUGGUCCUGCACGGCGACAAGGACAUCGACGUGCCCUUCCAGCAGGUUCCGCCCUUCGUGGAGGCGCUCAGGCGGUCCACUCACGGAGGCGCCGCCGUCGAGUACCACGCGUACCCCGGGGAGGGACACGGCAUCGCGGGCACCGAGGCGCAGGCGGACGUGCUCGACCGGCUCCGCACCUUCCUGCGGGUCAACCUCAAGCCGUGGGACUUCACCGACAACCCGCACGGAGAGGUGGCCGCUUACUAGGGCGAGAUCCCCGCCGUUCUCUUGCCAGGCUUUCUGGUGUGUCACGCUUGACGCACCCACGCGGAAAAAAGCGCGGAGAGAAAACGAAAAGCAAACGCCGGAUAUUCUGGGGUUUGACUUGUACUUGUCACAUGCACAUGACAACAUACACAUGCACGCGUUACGUCAUUGCAUGUGCUACCAUGUUUGUGGCAGGUGACAGCGAGAGAUGACAUGAAAAAAUCUCCACUAAGCACUA